GAAGGCGGCGAGGCGGAUCUGCCAGUCUUUCCGCCGUCGCAGCUAAACUGACGCUCCACCAGCUUGCUUCAAAUUAUUAUUCCAUUCUCCUAGACCUUCUGUUUUAUCAGACAUCGUCAAUAUCAUCAUAUGGAUAAUACAUACCCCCCAGGCCCUGAUCAGCGGCCCUACCCGCGUCGUGACGAUAGAGACGGUCGCAUGUAUGAUGACCGUUCUCGCUCGCGAUCUUACUCUCCUCCCACCGGCCGUCCUCGAGCUGCGGAUCGUGGAUAUGGCUCGCCAGGCGGUAUACCCUCCUCCCCGCAUGGUAACAACAACUCCCGGGCUCUGCCCCGUGGACCUGCCGCAGAUAGGCGGCGUGAUUAUCCCAGAGAGAGGGAACCCAGGUCGGACUACUACAGAGGCAGAGAUCGAGAUCGCGAUGACUACCGUCGUCGACCGUCACGCUCCCCACCUCGCCGUGGGAGGGCCGGAUACAGAGAUCGCGACCGCGAAGGCUAUCGCUCCCCAGACUAUGACAGCCGCAGCAGAAGCUACAGUCGGAGCCGCAGUCCACGACGAAGCCGUCCAUACUAUGGCCACGAAAGCAAGGAAGUAAUAAUGGAAGGAUUGCCGGUGGAUAUGGUGGAAGAAGACAUUUCGAAUGAACUCACAGAGCAAUAUCACAUUGAGGGACUUGAAGAAGUCAGAGUCAUCCGCGACAGGCAGACUAAAAUAUCACGACAGCUGGGUUUCCUCCGAUUCUAUAACGUGGAUGAUUCAAGAGCAUUUCUCGAGCGCAAUUUCCCUGCCAUCUAUCUAUACGGCCCGAACCCCGACGCUGAUGGUCGUGGCACUAGAGUCCGAAUAGCGUACAGCAGAGAAAGAGAAGAUCGCAACCGUGGCAGGGCAGAAGGCGACUGGCUAUGUAAUAUGUGUGCCAUUGUCAAUUAUGCAACCCGCCAGAGGUGCUUUCGCUGCCAAGCUCCGCGACCCGAAUUCCCUGCAGUAGCUGUCCCUGAUGCACCUCCUGAGCCCGUCCCCAACACCGGCGAUAAUGACACCGCGCCGGAGAACCAACCGUCGCAGUUUCUUUUGUUUAGGGGCCUGGAGACUUCUGUUACGGAAGAGCUGUUUGCGAAAGGUGUCGCGAAACUGUACAAGCCGCCAAGCACCACUUCCCAAGGAGCAUCUUCCAGCCAAAAGAAAGGAGCUAAAAUUGCCUCGACAACUGGCGACUCCAACCUAGGUGCCCGAGAAGGCUCUAUCCGCCGUGUUCUGCUGGUGAGAGACCGUAAAACCAACGAAAGUUGGCGAUAUGGCUUUGCGGAAUUUGCUACUGUCGAGGAUGCGCAAGCUGCCUUGACCAGAUACAAUUCUUUUGAGAAAUUUACCAUUGCCUCGAAACCGAUCCUCGUAAGCUAUAUUCACGCUGGAGUAUUCGUCCCGGUUCUCAAUCCUACGCCAAGCACGGACAGAUUUACGUUCAGUCCUCUGUCUAACCCUUCCAUGAAACUGGCUUACUGGGACGAGGAAGGAUACGUCACUGAGCUUACGGUAUCGACGGCGGAGUUAGAUACUGGUCGCGGAAAGUCCAAAAAUGACCGCUCAACUGAUGGUCACUCAAAGGCUACUAAAGAUGCGGAGAAAGCAAAGAAGAGGAAAGCCGAGACAGCCGCCAGCACAGGCGCUAAGAAACUCGCUGUCCCGUCACAUUUACAGUUUUGGAGCAACCGUCAUGCUGAACUCCAUGGGAUCCAGAAAAAGGAUGGAGAGGAGAAAGGCACUGGCGAGGCUUUGUCCAACCCUGCCUCAGAAGUCGGAUCACCUGGGGAGGCUUCAGCUCCCCCAGCUCAAUCCUACGCCGAUCUGAAUAGGAAUUGCUGCUAUCUUUGCAUGCGGCAGUUCAAGAAUUCUGCCGAAGUUAACAGACAUGAGCGUCUGAGUCAGCUGCAUCGAGACAAUCUCCAGGAUGAAGAGCUAAAGACGAAAGCGAUGGGCAAGCUUAUGAAGCAUGGGAUCCAGCAGCCUACGCCAGAAUACAGAGACCGCGCCAAGGAACGACGGCAAGCGUUUGGCCGCUCCAAGCAGCCCAGCAAAGCCAAAGCACCCCAGCCGAAGGAGGAAGAGGAAGCCCCCGCCCCAGCACCGUCGAAGGGCGCUGCUCUUCUUAGCAAGAUGGGUUGGUCUGCUGGUUCCGGACUCGGUGCUCAAGGAACUGGUGUCACUGCCCCUAUCGCGACAGAGGUUUAUGCGCAAGGCGUAGGACUGGGUGCACAAGGAAGCAAGCUUGGAGACGCUGCUGAGGAAGCUAACCGCAAAACGAGGAAUAAGUAUGAUGAGUUUUUGGAACGAACAAAGGAAACCGCCAGGGAGCGGUAUGAACGGCUGGGUUAGGUUUGCAAAGGACAGAUUUGUAUCCCUUGUGUUUGGGAGUUCUCCAUGUAUAAUAGUAACAGAUGCUCUUUGAUUCAAUGAUAUCAUGAGAGGAGUAUUUCCCGCUGUCCAUACCU